AUGUUGUGCAGAUGCUGGCCAUUAGCACUCUUUCUAACGUGCUGCGCCGGGCUGCGGCAUACCAUCAUGGAGUGUGGAAGUGUUGCCUGGGAUGCGCUCUCGCUUAGCCGGGAGCUCUCCAGCAGUUGCGAGCCAGACAUGUUCACCCUGGCCUUGUUCAUCCACAAGCCUCCAGAUGACUGGAGCCGCGUGCGGCGGUACGUCAAACAUGGUGGCAUUGUCAUUGCAGGGCAUUUCUCACAUGUGGUUUACGCAAACAUUUUCCAAACACAUGUUCCGAAAGGGGUCUGGCAUGGAAGCUGCCAUUCAAGAGGCUUUCCGGAGGAACACAAGUUUAACGAAAGUGAUCACUUAUGGCGCACAUUGACAGAUCACGGUGAUCAGUCUGAGCCGACGGCAUCAAAAGCAGGGUGUGGCCCGUCGACAUACGAGUUUCCAGGUGUAGUCGGCCUUGCUGGUUGGACAGCAUCUUCCUUCAGCUUAUCAUAUCGAAUACUUGGCGCUGGCACUGUUUGGUUCGCGACCUGGGGCUGGGAAGUGUCCGCUGACACCAGAACGAGGCAGGUCUUAAAGUAUAUGUUGAAACACAAUCGUGCGCUUAUGUCAGAUGGAAGCGCUGCCUCCUUCGGUGUUUCUCUCGAAUCCCUCGAUGUGACGCUAAGAGGCAAAGGGCCGUCGCCGUCGCCGUCGCCGUCGCCGUCGCCUUCGCCCUCACCACCACCGGUCACAGUGACUGCCACAACAAUAACUAUAACCACCUCAACAUCGAGCUCCAGCACAUCAAACUCCUCCACAUCGACGUCUUCCACAACUACUACAAUCACCUCCACAUUUUCGACGUCCAGCACAUCCACCUCCAGCACAUCCGCAUCCAGCACAUCCACAUCCAGCACUUCCAGUUCCACUACGUCCACUCUCAGCACGUCCACGACCACCACGUCCACUACUACCACGUCCACUACCACCACGUCCACUACCACCAGUUCCAGCACAUCUACUUCCAGCGCAACAACUUCUAGCACAUCCACCUCAAGCACAUCCACUUCAAGCACGUCGAGCUCCAGCAGGUCCACCUCCAGCACGUCCACCUCCAGCACAUCAAACUCGUCCACAUCGACAACUUCCGUCACGGCAACAACCACUUCCACCUUCUCGACGUCCAGCACGUCGAGCACCAGCACGUCUACAUCUACCACAUCGAGCUCCAGCAUAUCGAGCUCCAGCACCACAACAAGUUCUUCAGCAUCCACGACAACUCGCUCGACCUCCACAUACGCAGGCAGCGAUCCCAAUGUUCUUGCGGGUGAGGCAACGAACAGAGAAGAACAAAUGUCUGCGCUUCAAGGAGCUGCGAUAGACAGUCUGAUGAGUGCAGCCAGUAAUGUCAACCUUUCAAACGUGGAAGUGGUGGAUGGGGUCGCCACACUACUGGAGGAAGAAGUUCAGACUGCACAAGGCAUGACCUUGCUGACGAAGGCAAUGGUGGUACUAAAUGCCAGCAGCGGCUUGCAGGCCACUGUAGGGCGAAGCCGAAGUACCCUGCGGGUGCCAGCAGCAACCCUCGAGCAGCUUAAGAACGGCAGCUCGCACCUUGCCGUGAGCUUUGGGGUGUUUCCCGAUACCACGAACGAAUACAAGUCCUUCGAAGCAGGCAGCGACGCAAUACUGGUGGCCGGCGAGGUCAUUAGCAUUUUGAUUUCAGGUCCCGAUGGCAAGGUCUUCAAAGGACCCUUGCCCGAGCCGAUAGAUAUCGAACUGAGUACGAAAGCCUUUCACCGAAGAAACGCAUGCGUGUUCUGGGACGAGGAUAGGAGUGAAUGGUCAACAUUCGGUGUGCAAAAGGUUGGUGUGACGAACCAGUCCACGCAAUGUCGCACAACGCAUUUGUCCGUUUUCACUUUGAUCCUCGCGACGCUGACUUGCAGCCAGGCUGCAAGGAUCUUUUCUCUGGAAGCUUUGCUCGCUCUUGUGUCUACGCCUUGGGCCUGGCAGCCACCUGCUCUCGUCAACUGGACAACUAUCUUGGUGGGGUGCUGGUUGUUGCGACUAGCACACCGAUCUGAUCAGCAGAACCAAGCCCAGAUGAAAAGGCUGCAAACCUGGGCGAGAGAAUGCCAUGAACGGGCCGGCGUUUUACAAGACGCGGCGGAGAUCAUAAGAAUGAUCCGACAGUGUCGACAGCUUGCGCAUCAUGGUGUAAGGUCAGCCAAGUCGUUUAUCUGUUCUAGAGUCGUCAACACCAAGUUGGGUGUCGACAACGCAUAUCUCGAUAAUCUGCACAGGAGUAUCGGUAAGACUGACGUGCAUCGACAAGCACACGACGAGGUGGAAAGCUUUCUUCGCUGGUCCAGGUAUCGGCAAUUCUGGGUGCUUUUUGCAAGCUCCUGCAAGUGGAUAAAUAUCUUGGCUCCAUCGUGGCAGUUGGCGAGCAUGGAUCGCUGCCUACUGUUGCUCGCCAAGCUCUACAGCACCUGGGCUCUCUCGGCCAUUUUCUUCGGCAGCACAUCGGUGGCUCCAGACCAGGACCCCGACUGCGAACCGCAGGAAGGCUUCUGGCCUAUGCUGGUCCAGAGCGUAACCGUCGCCUUGAUUGCGGGCGUGUUUGGAGCUUUGCCUCUUGGCUGUCUGGUUCUUGUCCAGCAGGCAUGCCAAGCCCAAGUUUCAACAGCAAGAACCACUUUCCGGAGCUUCGUCUUUGCCUACACCUUCACCUGUUGGCUAACGACAUGCCUCUUUCUUGCGGUGGUGAGCCCGACCGAUGCCGAGAGAUGGGUGAUUAGCGCAGUGGCCGACGUUUGUAAGUCGGCCGUGAUGAUUCCCUUCCUUUUGGCCUCCGCAUGCGUGCUUUUCUUAGUUUGUCAAGAUGUUGAGAUCCACAUGAGUUGGACACAGCAUCUGAAGCGAAUGAGCGAGAAGGCGAAGCCGAAGGUAUGCCUGCAGUCGGUGGACUUCAAGAAGGACGAGCUCUUGCACUUGGGCUUCGAGCGUGUUUCCUCUGUGACAGUCGAUUUCCCGGGCCACGACCGGCCCGCGGUGGACUACGAACCAGGAAUGGUCUUGGAGGAGGUGAGUGACGGGCAAACUCUUCUCAUGACGGCAUUUGCGGAGAAAGCCAACAAGAACAAGCCACAUCUGAUGGGAACUGCCACCCUGAAAGUCGGAUCAGAGGCGAAGUUGUCAUUCAAGCGCCAUGGCAAGCCAUUGGAUCUCUCAGCAGAGGUGGCUAUGACAGUAAUUCACGAGGAGGAGGGCCCCACAUGGCACACCCUGCCGCCGACGAGCAGCGAUAUAUCGCUAGAUGAGCCCCCUGUGACUCCGAGGGAAGAGGGGGUUCUAAGAUCGGCGACUGAACCUGAGGCACCGAAUGCACCAUCUAGCAUGGGAGGCGAAAGCGCAGUCUUGGACGAGCGUACACUGACACUGCAGCCGCCCCUGACGCCGCAGCUGCAUGAAGAAGCAGCCUCGGACGAGAAUCCGGGUCAAGGCACAGUGCAGCCGGUGCCGAAACUGAAAGUGCCUUUGCACAUGCCGGCAAGGAUGCAGGUGAGUGUCCCAAGGCAAGACAAAGCCGAGUCGGCACCAGCUCUUUCACGAGAGUUCUCGGAUGCAGCCCCAUGCCCCGGCCAAAGCGGACCCGUCCAGCCCGUCCAGCUCAGUGUCACAGCGAAGGCCCAAGACCAAGAGCCUCGGGCUGAAGCGAGCGGAAGUGGGACUGCGCUGAAGCAAGAUGCGGGCGAAAUCAUGGUGCCUUGUCCUCAGCCUGCCAGUUCACCGAGACCAUUGGGGCAAAGUCCCCGCACUCGCACGCCCAAAUCAUCACCCAGGGCGGUGCAGAGUGCUCCACGACCACGGGCCGCUCUCUAG